AUGGGAGCUCCCUUGGGCUCGCUGAAGCCGUCACACGAGUUGACAGACGCGCAGCAGCGGCGUGCAGACGUGCGGUUGGUGCACGGCCCGCCGCCACUGCCGCGAUGGAUCCGCUUCGGCACGCGGAUGGCGGUGGUCACGGCGUCGCUGUCUGCCGCUUUUAUGUGGCGCGACAGCUGGGUCCCUUCAAG